CUGGCGCAUGCGCAGCUUCGGCAGCUGCCGUUGGGACCGGGCCUGGCGGUGAGCGACCUGCUGCCACACUGGCGCUGCACUGCAUGGAUGGGGUUUUCCUCUCGCCCAACGAGGAUGAGUUCGUGGGCAGGAUCACGGAGGAGCUGGAGCGCUUCAUGCUGCAGGGGCAGCUCCACAGCGUGCUCCUGUUCCCUCCCCUGUCCAGCCGCCUCAGGUACCUGAUCCAUCGGACCGUGGAAAGCAUGGAUCUGUUGAACAGCUUUUCAGUGGGAGAAGGCUGGAGGAGGAGGACAGUGAUCUGCCACGCGGCUGUAAGGCUGCCCACUGAAACCAGUGACCAAAAACCCAGCACCAACCCCCCGAGACCAGCCCGGGCUCCGCAGCCGUGGGGCCGGGGGAGCCGAGGGGGGCGGCUGCGGCACCCUGGGGACGUGCAUGGGGACAACCCUCGAGCCUCCGUGGGCUCUGGCAGGAUCAGGAGGCCGCCCAGGAGGAAGCCGGAUAAAGCUCUCUAUGUGCCCAAGCCCAUGCGCAAGAGGGAGGAAUGGGGCGAGCAGGAGAACCCGGUGGCUGCUGGCAGGGAUGUGGCACAGGAGGAAGAGCCCUGCCCCAAAGAGAGUGCCCAGGAGGAGCUGGGCAGGUGUGAAGGAAGCUCAGGUGAUGUCUCCUUGGCUGUUGGUGAGCAGGAGGAGCCUGGUGAAGGGUGCGUUCCAGGAGGUACUAGUGCUGAGUGUCCCCCAUGUCCUAGGGAUGUCCCAUUGUUACAGAGCAACGAGGAUUUCUCUGGGCAGGAAGAUCAGGGUAAAGACUGUUCAGAUUCCCUUUCUUCUGUACACAAUAAACCCCCAACUGAAGCAGAAGAGCAAGAUUUGAGCUGUGACAACACUGUUCCACCAGAAGGUACCAAAAUCCUGUGCCAAGUGCAAGCUGAAGACCAAAGCAGCCGGAAUGCCGGUGUAUCGGAGUGUGCCAAAACCUCCUCCCUUACAGCCAGUAACUGCAGUGCAGACCCUGCUGAAGCAGAGUCAAGUGCAGGGUCAUUGGUGCUGGAAAACCAGGAUGAGAGCCACACCACUGUCAAGGGCCUGGAGAGCAGCAGAGUCGUGUCACUGCCUGAAGAACAGUGCAAGGACUUGAAUGCCGGCACCAUGGACGGAGGGAAGAGUUCCUCCAACCUGGAAAGCCAAGAUGAGUGCCCCAGUGUUGCCCAGUGCCAGAACCCUGCAGAAGCCCCAGAUGAGCCUCUCCCUGCAGCUGAGCCCAUGUGUGGUGCUGAGCCAUCUCCUGAGGACCAGACGGAGCACGGGACAGAUGCUCCAGUGCAGAGCCGCAGUGGGAAGGAGUCGGUGGUGGAAGGGGAGGACAAGGAGGGUUCGUGCUUGGCCGAUGCUCUGUGGCAUGAGCUUCACAUGCCUGCAGGUGACAGAGAGGAGGACGUGGCCGUGCAGAGGAGGAGCAGCCUCGAGGACGACUGUACCACAGAGCUCUUGGCAGAGAUUGUGGGUCAUUUAACUGUGAAGAGUGUAAGCAUCGAGAAGAUCAGCUUAGACUAUUCCAGCUACAGGGAUGCCCAGGUCAGCGAGGGGGAUUUUGGCCACGUGACUGAAAUCUAUGACUUCUCCCCAUCCCUGAAGACAGAGGACCUGGUGGAAAUGUUCUCUGACUUCCAUGAGAGCGGGUUCAAAAUCCAAUGGGUUGAUGAUACACAUGCCCUGGGCAUCUUCUCCAGCCUCUCCACAGCAUCUCAAGCCCUAGGGCGACGUUAUCCUGCUUUAAAGAUCCGACCAUUGAUCCAUGCCACAAAGCAGUCCAAAAUCAAGGCCCUUCAGAGACCAAAGCUCCUUCACUUGGCAAAAGAGAGACCCCAGACGGACACGGCGGUGGCCAAGCGGCUGGUGACCCGUGCCUUGGGCUUGAAGCACAAGCAGCAGGAGGGCUCAGGCACCGACCUGCUCCUGCCAGAGAGCUUGGACCAGGAGGAAUAAACCAUCUCAGCUAAAACAAAUAGCUGUAUAGAAGAGCAUGGCUGUGAUAUUAAACUGCAUGCAGAACAGUGAGUUACCAUGGGGGGUGUUCUCUUAUGGACUAGCACCAUCGUUUCUGAGGUUGGGAAGGGGAAAGGUUUACUAUUAGUGAGAUCUUGCACUUGAAGCCAAACCCUGUGGGGGUUUUGUUAGCUCUUUGUUAUGGAGAGCAUGCUGCUGAACUCAGAUUCAAAGGGUCUGUUAACACUGGGCCACUUGCAGAAAGGGAGUCUGCUUACAGUAAAGCCUGCUCUGUACUUAAAAAGCAGCAUUAGGUGAAGGGAGUUGUAUCUUGUUGGCCAAAACUGAGCUGUAAGCAAGAGCAGAGCAUCUGCAGGGGUCAGAAAAAGCUGUUUAAUGUUUACACUUUGUUCUAAUGUUAUUGUUCAAAUAGUAUCCCAUCAAAAUGACAAGCGUUGAAUGCAAGUGAGGUUCAGGGAUUUCCUUAUUUACAUGGUGUGUAGAGAGCCUGUGCUUGCUGCCUUGCACUGGUAGCAAGUCAAGUUAUACACUGAUUAGGAAGCCAGAACUUGACAGUUUUGAUGUUCCCAGAGCCUGGUGGUAGGAGAUGCUGUGAGACACCUUGUGGCAGCAGCAGUAGGGCAUCCAACACAGCUCAGGCUCUGCUUUUGCUACACAGUCCAGCACCUUGAGAACAAAAUGGAGUUUUCCAACUUACAGUAGGCUGGAUGCCACCAUCUGGGCCACUGGAUAAAUAAAUGACAGAAAUACUCUUGACAGGCAUUAGCAAAAGUCCUUCUGCAUUCUUUAAGCCUCACAACAUCCCUGUGAGGUAGGUUUUGGGGAGCACAAGUUGGAUGCAGCCAGUUUCAAUUCCCCUGUGGAUUGAAAAGGGCAGCUUUAAGUAUUCAGUUACUUAGAGAAGUUUUUUUUGUAUGUAUAGAGAAAAAUCUUCAGUCCCAGGAAUUGUGACCAAGUCCCUAAACUUUCAUGGAGUAGAAAUAGACAAAUGGCAUGUAAAACAUGUUCUGGGUAAAAGGCUUUUAUUCAAGUAGCUGUGUCUGCAGAUCUGUAGCAACGUGUGGCCUCAAACAAACAGAGGAACACACUUAGCACCAUUGUGAAUUUACCAAGUGUUCAAAUCCUUUAAAGUCAACUUACACAGGUGGGUCUGUGACAGCACAGGUCCAGAUCCCUGAUGAGAAAAGCCAUGAAGUUACCUCUGUAAGGUAGUGAUGAUACAAUGCCUUAACUAAACGCAUCCUUUAAAGAACAGAGUGAAUAUCCAGCUUAGAAGGUAAUAUUCAGAUGUAUGUAGAAUCUAUGGGGUGAAAAGCUUACUGUGUAAUGGAAAUUGUGUCCAGCGGCCUCAUCGUUGGGUCUGCAGAGUCUUGGAGAUGUUCCAAGGGAUGUGUAGCUUCAUGGAGCCCUGAUCCACUUGCAGAAGGACCGUUCUGCAUUAGCUGCUCCACUUACGAGACUGUGUUGGGAGUUGAUUGUUGAAUACAAGAGUUUCACUGCAGUAUUAAAUGAUGCUUUACACUGUUCUGCUCAGAAAAGCUGCUCCAUUUCUUUCCUUUCCUGUAUUUCUUUGCUAAAAUGAAGAAGGCCUCUCAUGGGAGCACUGAGGAUCAGUCAAGAAGCAGUGUCGCCAGGGGAGGCCUUUGCGCCAACAGUGUUCAAGCUUGAGUCAAAGAGCUUAAAGAUACCAAGAUUAAUGCCUUGAGGAAAAUGAAUGGUAAAGACAUAUUUAGGUAGUUGGCACCUAAAGCCAAUUGGUGCUUGCUGCAGCCUGGACCUAUGUCUCUGAAUAAAGAUGGUGCUGCAAA